CAUAUAUCUACCAUGCCUGUGAAAGCCAUAGCCAAGACGUCGAUUGCCCGCAAUGGUAUUGGUGCAUUUGUUCUUCCCUGCCACAAGAUUUCUGUACAAUACUGUAACUGGGGAGGUUCCUCUUCUGGCUUGAGACAACUCUUGAAGUCAGGAAAGAUGGAUUCGAUAGCGUCCCAGAAGUCUGGCGUCGUUUUUGAUGUAGUAAAGAGAGUCGGACAUCCAAAGUUGAUCUUCCACUACAAUAACAGCCAGAAGCAAGAAGUUGAUAUUGCUAAUUUGGAAGCUAGUCAGAUUGUAGAAAAGUUGAAUGAGUACAGCCAGAGAUCAGGUGCUCCAUUGUUCAAGUUCAACCACAAGGUUUUGUCUAACAACGACUCGGUCAGAGGUAUCUGGUCGCCUAUGCAUGCUCCUAAGAGCCACAGACACAAGAUCUAAAAGAAUAAAGAGAAGAUAUGACGAACGCAGAAGUGAGAAAUGAUCAAUGAAAUAACUUCAAGAAUUCUACGAAAAUUUGAACUUGAAGAAAUCAUUAGAAUUGAAAAGAGAGAGAAAAUCAGAAGAAGGAAGAUCGUCAGAAAAUGACGAAAAGAGGGAUUACGAGUUCUAUACUCGUAAUGACUUCCUUGAGGAUGUGAAUCUCUCAUUACAAAAGAGGUACCAGAGUGCCAAUUUGCAUGUACAAUAUAUAUAUAAAGACAUGGAUCAAGUUGGUCCAUGCGAUUCUUCGUUGUAAAUAGACUAUUGAAGAUACGAAUAGCAG